ACUCCAUGGACACGAUGUCGAACCGAGACAAUGAGGGUGUCGACACCCCCGAUGGUGAUCUACCACCAGCGGUUAAGCAACAAGGUGAUUUGGUCAUCGACAAGUUCAACAGUCUUUUCGGUAGAUGUGAUCCACUGAACGAAGAGCAUCGGCGUAAUGGUCCCAUGCCUAUCGAAAAUAACGCCUUCAUCAACCAGCUGAAAUCUGGGCCCCUAUCGAUCGAGGAUAAUGCAUUCCUCAACCGACUGAAAUCGACCUCCGAUCGGUUGGACUCCAACCUAUUACCUCUACUAGGAGACCAACUCAUCGCCAUCUCACUAUCACUCAAACCAUCCGAGUUGCAGAAAGAACCAUGCUCAACACUCAAGCGGAUCUUGGAGAUGCAGGAAGAACUCGAACAGACUCUGUGUCAAAUCAGAUCGGCGCUUGAUUUGCUUCCAGAACAAGAAGUCGUCCCCAAUCAAACCAAUGACCAACACCAUCAAGAGUUCAAGAAUUAUAGAGUCAAUGGACUUGAUCAAUGCAUCAGGGACGAAGUCCUCAUGGAGAUCUCGGGUUUUUUUUCUUCAUCGAUCAUGCUUGUUCGCCAACUAGGUUUCUCAACAGAGCCUAGGAUAAACCAGAUGGUUCCAGCUGGAAUGGAUGUAGUCCACACAAGAUAUCGGUCCGAAGCUUCACUGAGAUCGGCCAAGAUCUGGUUAAGAGGAUCUGAAUGGGAGACCGUCUUGGUCGGUUGGCGACUUGCGAUGGAUGUGAUGGAUAGCGUAUUAGAGAACAGCAUCCGGCAUAUCAGCUUGAUACCCCCCAACCAUGACCUCAACGAUCGCCCGCCCUUCGAACCGCUUGGCGAACAAAACCUUGAAGUCGCCGAAUCAUUGAUCCCGAUCGUCAAACUCUCGAGGAUCUUCUUGGCUCGACUAUCCAAACUCGAAAUGAAGCACAAGACCCUUCCGCAUUAUACGGAGAUGUGCACCCACCAACUCCAGAGUCUACACGAUCUGCCGUUGAGUGUUAUUGCUAAACUCAGCUGUCUCCAGUCGAUGUCGAUCAGGAAUGAUAUGUUCGAUGAAGCUUCGACCAUCCGUUUUAAUGAUAUGGUCCGACGACUUCUGGCUCUCUUUCAAUCCUCUUUGCUCGAUGUUGUUCUUUGUGUUGUCCCUCUACUUCCAGACCUCAACGGCUUUCCACAUCAGACUUACCUCAAAACUUGGUUUGUUACUUGGAACACUCAGUUCAUUAUUGCUACUCAAAACCUCACCCGUCUUACUUUCUCCUUUCUCAAUAAUCCUUUAUAG